AUGGUUGGUCCCACAGACAAGAUGAAGCAUUCAAUAGGAGGUGCCCUGCGCGGCCAUGGCCGCAAUCGGUCGUCUUCUGAGGAAAUUCGAGACCCCGAAGGCGACGAUACCACUGUCGUCGAGCCAGAACAGGGAAAUGUCCUUUCACACAUCAUCUCCCAAUUGCGCCCUGGAGCCGAUCUGUCUCGAGUCACCUUGCCCACAUUCAUCCUGGAGGAAAGAUCUAUGCUUGAACGAAUUACGAAUUUCAUGGCACAUCCUGAUACCCUCCUACCCAUGCCGACGAUAGAUGAUCCCCUUCAACGAUUUGUAGCUGUGGUCAAGUUUUACCUGAGUGGUUGGCAUAUUAGGCCGCCCGGCGUCAAGAAGCCGUUGAACCCAAUUCUAGGGGAAGUCUUUACCUGCUACUGGGACUAUCCAGAUAACACACGAGGUUACUACAUUUCCGAGCAAACAUCACACCAUCCUCCCAAGUCAUCCUACUUCUUCAUGGCCCCGGAACAUCACAUUCGAGUCGACGGGACAUUGAAGCCUCGCAGCAAGUUCCUCGGCAAUUCUGCUGCAAGUAUGAUGGAAGGUAUAUCCUAUCUCAGAUUCACCAACAGAGGAAAGUCAAAAGGAGGAGAGAAGUACAUCAUCACGCAACCCAACAUGUACGCUCGAGGUAUUUUGUUCGGCAAGAUGAAAUACGAGCUGGGCGAUCACUCUUAUGUUCGUUGCCCAGAGAACAAUUUGGCGGCUGAUAUCGAAUUUAAGACUAAAGGCUGGGUUGGUGGAACCUAUAACGCCAUUGGAGGGGUCAUCAAAAACGACAAAACAGGUGAAAUACUGUUCGAACUGUCAGGAUUAUGGUCGGGCGAAAUGUACAUCAAGGACGUCAAGACUGGUCAGAAAAAGCUCCUUUUCGAUGCUACACAUGCCAAGCAUGCGCCUCCUAAGACGAGACCGAUAGAAGAACAGGGCGAGCGUGAGUCUCAAAGACUAUGGUUGAAAACCGUCAAGGCUGUUCAUGUCAUGGACCAUGAAACUGCCACGGCUGAAAAAGCCAAGAUAGAGGACAGGCAAAGAGAAGAGGCCAAGCGGAGGGAAGAAAUGGGGGUUGACUGGCACCCAAAGCUCUUCCGACGAGUUCAUGCCGCUCAUGGUGGCUCCGAAGAAGGCGAAGAAGAUCUGGAAUGGAUCAUCAACGCGCAUCUAGACACAAAGGAUCCGAAAGAGCUUGUAGAUCGAAUUCUGUCAAUAGCUCCUAUUUUGCCUGGGCAAGGUUCGUUCGACCGGCGGGAGUCUGUCAAUUCUAGACGGUCGGCAGAGUUCAGUCACCACACAAGCGGCGGCGGCCACAGUCAAAAGCCUGAGCCUGCUCCUGCUCCUGAAAAUCUGAUAGAUUUUGACUCCAAACCGCCAACCACUGCACCGCCUGCCCAGCGCGAUCCUAUGGCUGGGAAUGCGAUGCAUACGACUUCGAACCUGCAGCAAACGCCGGUGCAUCAAAGCACAACCAUAAAUGCUCCGUCGGGCAAUGCACCCAAAAGCGCCAACUUGAUGGAUGAUGACGGUGGAUUGAACGACCAGAUGUCUAGAUUGAAGACGCACGAGGCGAUGCAGCCUGAGGGUCAGAAGCCGCUUAAGAGAGCCGACACUGAUACAAACGAAGUUGACGUGUUUGUGGAUGCUGAAGGUUAA